GACAGAUUUGUCCCUGGAUCUGACUAUAAUACCCUUGACCAACUUCAAAAUAUACCAACCAAACCCUCUCUCUCGUAUUCUCAUCUUGAGAACGAAUCUCUCAUCUUCACGUAGGACACAGUCUCCAUCUCUUCAACUCCUGCCGUACUUCUCAUCAGUGAACGAAGCGGUGGAAUCAAUGGAGAAGAACUUGGAGGAUUUGAAGAUUGUGGCGGAGCAGUGGUUGAAUCAAGGAACUGAACUUGUUCAACAAAUACCACCGAAUCAACUUUAUGCUGCUAUUGGCGUUCUGUUAUUUACUAUCCUCUUCUUCUUCUCCACUCGCUUGUUCAGGCGUACGAAGUCCAAUACUGUACUCCUCUCUGGUUUAAGCGGAAGUGGCAAAACCGUUCUCUUCUAUCGACUCCGAGAUGGAUCUUCUCAUCAGGGUUCUGUGACGUCAAUGGAACCUAAUGAAGGUACCUUUGUGCUCCACACUGAAAACACCCAGAAAACAAAGCCCGUUCAUCUUGUUGAUGUUCCUGGGCACUCUCGGCUUAGAUCUAAGCUAGAAGAAUACUUGCCUCGAGCAGCUGCUAUUGUGUUUGUUGUAGAUGCACUUGAGUUCCUCCCAAAUUGUCGUGCAGCUUCAGAGUACCUUUACGACAUUCUUACCAAUGCAAGCGUGGUUAAGAAUAAGAUCCCAGUCCUGCUUUGCUGUAACAAGACAGAUAAAAUAACUGCACACACAAAAGAGUUCAUCCGCAAGCAGAUGGAGAAAGAAAUAGAGAAACUUAGGGUUUCGAGGAGUGCGGUUUCAACAGCUGACAUAGCCAAUGACUUUACUCUUGGGAUUGAAGGAGAAGUGUUUUCCUUUACGCAUUGCUUAAACAAAGUCACUGUCGCUGAAGCAUCUGGACUAACAGGACAAACAGAGCAAGUUCAAGAGUUCAUCAGGGAAUAUGUUAAGCCAUGAAGAGCUGAAAUGUGUGAGCAUUAUUAAGCAUACACUUAAAAGUCUUUUAUGUACAUGAAUUUAUGAUUUGUGAUAUUAUUGUUGGAGGAUUUUGGAUGUUAAAAUCGUGUAGUGUCUUAGAGAGUUUGUUGAAUGACAUGGUUAUUUAAGUGUUUCAUCCAGGCAACCUCAUUAUUCAUUUUUUUGGUUCA